AAAAAGCACUAUCUUAUCUUUUGGUACGUUCUGUCAGUUCUGUGAUCUAUUGAAUUAUUUAUAUUUAUUGAAUCAUUGAGAUUUUUUGUUUGAGAACGUUUUUAUACUCAUUAAAUCAAUUGAUUGAAUCAAAUGGCAGACCCAAAAUACGCAGAUUUACCUGGCAUUGCACUUGAUGAACCUGACGUUUACGAAACAAAUGAUCUGCCAGAAUCAGAUCAAGUAACUGAUUUUUAUUAUGAAAAAGAAAACGAAGUUAUCGAAAGGAUUCACAUUGAACCAGAUCAAGCAUUCAGUAAAUUCAAAGGAAAAUACUUGAAUCAGAGAAAUGCUGACUUUUCUGAUGGGAUUGGCAACUCUAAUAAAACUGGUUAUGAUGCUACAACUGAGAAUUGGGAACUCAUAGGAGACGGUCAGAAUGAAUCUCCUAUACAGAAAUACAACCGUCUCUUUUGUGAACUUAAUGAAUUGUUGGAAGAUGUAACAAAAAUCCAAGCAAAUAAAAGUGACAAAAGUGCUAGUGAAGUUACUCCUGAGCAAAUUCAGGAUACUCUGUCGAAAUUGAAAGCUUUGAGAUUAGAAGAAAGGCUAGGGGGGGAUGUUUCAUCAACCAUUGAUAAUCCUCAAAGCUUUCUAGUGAAAAAAUUGGGAAAUCAAUUGGAGGAGUUUCAUAAAAUUGCCAAAGAUGGUUCCAAGACAGAGAAACAAUUAGAUGAUUCUGGCAUAGUGUAUCAUAUAAAUUAUAGACCUGAAUUAGCUAAAUUGAAGCAAACAAGCCGAAUUGCACAAAUGGAAGCAAGAGUCCAUCAUUUGGAAACGGUACUUGGGGCAUCCAAUGAAAAGUUGAAUCGAUUGGCAGCAGGUACUUCUAAAGAUAGUCUCUUGGAGACAGCCCAGCAUCUAGCAGCAGUAGCUACUCUACUUGAUUCUGCCCAAUUGGAUCAUAUUGAAGGACGCUUAGCAGUACUAUCACAGAAACUGGAAUCCAUUCAAGAUAAGAAAACGGAACCAGCUGAGGAAGACGAAAGAAAUAAAAUGGUCAGAGAAUUGUAUGAUGUGGUUAAAAAUGGUGAAAACAUUAUUAAGUUAUUCCCUCAAACUAUUGAGAGAUUGAAAUCUCUAGAAGGUCUUCAUACUAAAGCUGCUGAUUUGAUGACAACAUUGGUUAAAAUUGACAGUAUACAAGAGGAAGUAGCUAGUUCAGUCUUGAACAAUAAGGAGUUACUUCAAGGAGUCCAAGAAAGUUUUGCACAUAAUUUGAAUGAAAUGAACCAGACAAUAAUGGGCCUAGAUAGUAGAAUAAAAGCUUUGAAGGCCAAACAAUAAUAUAUUUCUUAUGUGAAAAUAGUUUACUAUUUUAAUGUAUAUUAUUAUUUAUUACUUAAAACACAUGCAAAUUCAUUUGUUCACCAUUAAUUGUUUGAAUAUUUUAAUCUCUAAUAAAUCCGCUGUAAAACU